GUUUGAGCUCAGGAUCUCAGGACGGGAACAUGUGAGCAGGGAAAGGGCGACUGGAAACAGGAUUAUUGUUCUACACAACCGAAAGACGCUGGAAGCUCCCGGGUCAGGUGAGAGACGUGGACACUGUGACAACUCCGAGGAGACUUGUACUUUUUUACAUUUUGCACAUCAGAGGACUCUGGCCAAAGAUGAGCGCCAUUGUAUUUAACAAACUGGGCAGCCACGUCCUCUUUGAGGAGAAAGCGACUGAGGUGGAAAUGAGCAGCAGAAAUUACCUAGAAGUCAUUGAUGGGCAACAUCCAGACCUCCUCUCCAGCAGCCAGACCAUCAGAGACAACCAGGCCAUCAGACACAGGCGGAGUGGGGGUCGUCCCAGCGGUGGCAAAGUGCGACACAAGCGCCAGGCCCUGCAGGACAUGGCACGCCCCCUCAAGCAGUGGCUCUACAAACAUCGAGACAACCCCUACCCCACCAAGACAGAGAAAAUCCUGCUGGCCCUCGGCUCACAAAUGACCCUGGUCCAGGUCUCCAACUGGUUUGCUAAUGCCAGGAGGCGACUGAAGAACACGGUGAGGCAGCCAGACCUGAGCUGGGCACUCAGGAUCAAGCUAUACAACAAAUAUGUUCAGGGAAAUGCAGAGAGGCUCAGCGUCAGCAGUGAUGACAGCUGUUCAGAAGACGGGGACAAUCCUCAGAGGACACACGGCAGCCCAGAGGAGCUCAACAAGCCCAUGUACCCAAGUGUCAUCAAGAAGGAGGGCUCCCCCAUGGUGAGCAUGGCCAUGGGUAUGGGUAUGGGUGUGGGGCUGCGUUCAGCUGCCAAAGCCGCCUCACUGUCUGACGACUAUGUGUCUCCGCCCAAGUACAAGAGCAGCCUGUUGCACCGCUACCUGAAUGAUUCGCUGCGGCACGUCAUGGUGGCCAAUGCUGUUAUGGACGCUCGCAAGAGGAACCACUCUGGCUCCUUCAGCUCCAAUGAAUAUGACGACGAGCUGCUCUCGCCAUCCUCGUCUGAAGCUGAGGCAAACUUUGUUUAUCGGGCUGAUACCACAGACUAUGGAUCAAGUAAAUGUGACAAUGGUAGCAGCGGUGUUGGAGCUGCACAGAAGGAGAAGGAAAAGGUGAAGGGCAAAGAUGAGACAUACUGGAAGGAGAUCAAUGCUGCCAUGGCUUUGACUAACUUGGCGCAGGGGAAGGACACUGUGUCAGGGACCACCAGCUGCAUCAUUCAGAAGUCCUCCCAUAUAUCAGAGAUCAAGACCGUUAAAGUGCCGCUAGUGCAGAAAUAUUAGCAAUAUUAACAUCAUCCUCCUGUCUCUCUUUGCAAACCAGCAAUCAUUCCUUUUUUAAGCAAACUCACCAGAGUCCGUAUAAACUUCAACGAAACAAAAAAGGACUGUUGUAUAAGGAAUCAGGGUGUUUGAUGCAAAGUUGUGUGGAACUUGAAAAGAAUCAUCUUUUUGGUUGGUGUUUUAAAAAAGUGCAAAAGAGGCCCAUCAAUUCUUUGCUGGGUUAAUGUGUGACAGACAAGAGUCUAUCAUAUGUCCCUAAAAGAUCUUUUUGCCAAAGUGCCUUCAUUGUUUAGACAAAUAACUCCUCAAUUGUGGUCAAUGCAAAGUACAGAUACUGAGGUGCCUCUUUGGAAUUUGUGAAGGAAUAUUUUAAUAACUUUAGAGUCACAUCCCGUGCCUUAUGGACUGAAUGAGAUCACUGGCCGAUGCGCAGAUGAACUCGAAUAGCACACACAGAUGCAUGCUCUCAGAAAAUGCCUAGCAUUGAUUCUCUGAAGGCAUCACUCGUGUUUAGACUGGAGUCUUCAUUUGGACUGUAAACUGAAAACUGUUGUGUCUCAGCCAGCUUCUCAUUUCUGGCAGGCCAACACUAACUGCAGGAUAUGUAGAUCACUCUAACAGCAGUUUGAUAAGCAGCCAACAUUCUCCACCUUGUCCACAUCUUGGCCUUGGGUUUGGUUAAUCAGCGAAGGACUCCUUUCUUAUCAUAGCUUUUAUUUGCUGAAACAUGCACAAUGCUCAGCUGGACUUAAAUGAAGUCACGUUCAACGCACACACAUGUGCGGAGUGACUCAGUUCUACAGCCACAGGCAUGCUGUAAGUGUUCAGUACUGUAUUUGUUCUAACAGAAGGAUGCCAUGACCUAAAAGGGAUGUUUUUGCUUCAUGUUAUCAAUGUUUUACAUGGACAGUGUUGCUUUUUCACAUUUGUGCUCAGAACACAAUAGUCUGGCAUGAAUGAAAAAAAAGCGAUGCCAUCACCAGCUCUGCCAGCCAUCUCAGCUGUUUAGCAUUACAUUCAAAUUGUUGUUUACAAGAAGCCAGAGGAUAGACUUAAAAGUCUGACUUUCUCUUGCUUUUUUUGUUUGUCUUAAAAAGAAAACAUUUCAGUAUUAUCUCUUUGGUGUCCUAGCAAGUGUUUAAAGUAUGUGUUACUGUCAGCUUUUAUAUAUGUGGUCAUUUUGUUUUUGAUCAAAACUUUGUACUUGGUUUCACUUAACCAUACCACAUUAAACUCUUCUGUUGUCAUCCAGUGAAAAGAAUCUUUUAUAGAAAGUACUAAUGUAUGGUGCAUAUAGUGUAAAUGUUUGUAGCAACUGAUGAUGAAGCUCACAAACCGGGAGAAAUGCAGGAGAAACUAAAGUUGACUCUUUUCCGAUUUUUCACUUGAUGUAUAUCUUUAAGGUACUGUUUAUGUGUGUCACAAUCUUCACUCUUUUAUGAAUUGUGCAGUUUUUAUUUGUUAGUUUGUUUUUUUCUUUUACAACCCAGACUGAAAAGUCAAGGACUUUUGGGCAGGACUAAAGCUGCACAAAAUUCUUUUUUGACCUUGAAUGUGCAAAUUGUUGAAGAGCUGCAUUUAAAAUUCUUGGCUUUCAAUCAGAUUUAAACCAAGAACCUUAAAAAUACACACAAAGCCUUCACUGAGAACUUAUAGAUGGAUGUGAUUUUAUAUACAUGUAAAUGUGAUGAGACAUAAGGGAAAGGAAGGAAAAACCCAUAAAAUUCCUAUUAGCGUGCCUAUGGAAGUAUAAUGAAAUUAAUCGGGGCUGCUCUUUGUGUUUCUAAUUGCACCCCUGAACCUCUGGACCACUCGCGACCACACACCUCACAUGAUAGUUGCAUUCUGAGAAGACACAACAAGAGAUGGUGGCUUCAGAGACAACAAAGCAACCUCUGUUGUUCAUUCCUCAACAAUGGCACUAUGAGUACUAAUGAAAGUGUGUCUACAGCCAAGACUUUGGCACUGUACAAGUGUUUCUUCAGCACAAACAUUGCUUUCACAACCAUGUUGACAAAUAGAAGGUAACAGUAUGUAUUACAGCCUUUAAAUUAUUAUUACACACUUUGUAAAAACAAAGAAGGUGGUGACCAUAGUCACUUUUUUAUUGUUAAGUUAUAUAAAUUUCGAAUAUCUUUUGUUUGUUUAUUUUGAUAGAGACCGGAUUUUCAAUCCAAUGACCAAAUGCAUAUGUCCUUGUAUUGUUUCUCUCAUGUAAAGUUUUUUUUUUUUUAAAUAAUUGUUACUUGGUCAAA